AUGCCGACAGAGCUUGAAGAGCUGGUGGAGUUUCUUCACCACGGAAACACUCAGAUUCGACAGAUCGCCUGUGAGACCCUCGUCGGGUUCUCCACGGGACAACCCAACCUAUUCAAGCACCAGCAAUUACUUCCCGUUCGAGAUUUGAAGCUCCUAACCCGGGAUUAUACGCCUAUUGCGAAGAAUGCCUUGACCAUUCUCAUCAAUCUCUCCAGCGAUGAAGAGGUGUUGAAAACGCUAGCCGAAGAUGACCAAUUCAUUGAGACGCUGUUGAAGAAAUUGACGAAUGUCAAAGAGCCCAAUGCCGACGAGGUGGCCAUGCUGCUGGCCAACCUCGUCAAGUCCGAACACCUCGAAAAACUCCACUUGCUGAAGCGCAAAGCCCCCGAGUCCGUCUCCACCUCCGAGAAUGCCCUCGACCAGCUGAUGGACUGCUUCGUGAAGGGUGCAGAGGGCGGUCUCAACAAACAUGCCAAUUUCGACUAUCUGUCCUACCUCUUCGCCGAUCUGUCUCAAUCCGAUAAGGGACGGGCGUACUUCACCACGCGCCAGGAGUACGAUGGAGUCGUCCCAAUCACCAAGCUAACUGUUUUUACGGAACACGGAAGUGACAUUCGUCGGAAAGGCGUGGCAUCUACCAUCAAGAAUGUGGCAUUCGACGUCUCCUCUCACCCUAUGUUGUUUGCCGAGGACGGAGCCAACUUGUUGCCUUACCUUCUGCUACCCAUCACGGGCCCGGAGGAGUUCCCCGACGAAGAGUCGAUGUCGAUGCUGCCGGACCUCCAGCUGCUCCCCCCGGAUAAGAAGCGCGACAGUGAUAUGACUAUCAUUACAACACACCUGGAGACUCUCUUGUUGUUGACGACGACCCGGGAGGGCCGAGACAGGAUGCGCGCCGUACAGGUGUACCCCGUCAUCCGGGAAUGCCAUCUUAAUGUUGAGGACGAAGAUGUCCGAGAAGCCUGUGACCGACUUGUUCAGGUCAUUAUGCGGGAUGAGGAAGACGAGGGACAAAAGACCGAUUCUGAGCUGUCGAAGUCUCGGGAUCAGAUCGAAGGCGGCCAGCCCGAGGAUGAGGACGAGAAGGUGACGGAACUGUUUUAA